AUAAAUCACAGAUCUAUGGUGUAAAUUUAUUUUGUAGGAACAACUGGUCAUGGUGGAACUAUCGGGAAUUAUUGAUUCGGACUUCUUAGAAAAAUGUGAAAACAAAUGCAAGAUUUUGGGAAUAGAGACAGAGAGGCCUAUUUUACAAGUGGACAGAUAUGUCUUUGCUGGAGAAUAUGAAGAUACCUUGGGAACCUGUCUGUUUUUUGAAGAAAAUGCAGAGCAAGUAGAUGCUGAAGGCAACCAGAAGCUACAGUUGAAAUACAAGUGCCAUACAAUGAAGAAACUGAAUAUGACACGGACCCUAUUGACAGAGAAGAAGGAAGGCGAAGAGAAUGUUGGUGGUGUGGAGUGGUUACAGAUCAAGGACAGAGAUUUUUCCUACAGUAGGCCUAACAUGAUUUGUAGCUUCCUGCGUGAAAAGGAAGAUUGUGAAGAGUCAGCUCAGGCCCAGGACAAAUUAACUGAAGAGUCAGAGGGAGAGGUGAGCGACAGAGGGAAUUCUGACUUGAAUGGUGAUUUGGAGAAGGAGCACAGCUUGGAAGUGGAUGCCUCGGUUCCUCUGCCUGACAGCCUGGCUUCUGCCAUAGAUGAUUCUCCUUCCACAAGUGUUGCCUUAGAUGAAGCCCCACUAUGAUGGUUGCUUUGAUACUUUAAGGAUUUCUUUGUGGAGUUAAGGGACCAAUUUUAAAGGCCUUGACCUGAUUUUCAAUUUGUUUGAGCAAUUAGUAGGG